AGAUAUGUUUGGCCAGAUGGAUUGAUCUGGGAAGGGGAUGUUUGCGAGGAAAAAUUAUGUGGAAGGGGCAUGUUGCGCUAUCCAGAUGGCUUGAUUACUGAAGGAGAGUUUAUCGAUGGCGAGAUUUUCGGUCAGGGAACUUUGAAAUGGCCGGAUGGGUCAUCGUAUUCUGGGGGACUGGUCGCAAACAGGAGGCAUGGCUAUGGAGUCUAUAAAUGGAAGGACGGAACAAUCUACAAAGGAGAAUAUGUGAAUGAUCUUCGUGAAGGUAAUGCUGGAUUCUAUCGAAGCUGCGGAUUCCAGUACUUGGGUAGUUGGCGUGAGGACAAGAUGCAUGGCGAG